UGCAGCAUCGUAAACCAAACAAAUAACGAACUAAGGGCGUCAAAUUUUGAAAUAAUGAAAUCGGUCUUUGUUUGUUAUAAUAAUUGAAUAAGUGCCCUUCCAGUAUGUCCGAAUACACCAAUAUUAGUGAUAAAGAAAACCUCGAGUCGUUGAUCAAGAGACUGGCAGCGGUGAACGAGGAAAAUGUAACCUAUAAAAUACUCUAUGACUCUAUUAAGGAUGUACUUUCCGAUGGGAUCUUGAAUGAUGAAUUCUGCAAGAAGAUUAACACAGUGCUGAUAUCCCAAGAACUAUUGCAAACUGCCCACAUAGGUCCAAACACAACAGUAUUUGAUUUCCAAGAACCACAAGUGCAACUCACCUACCAAGAACAAGUUACUUUAAGAGAUGCCAUCGAGUUAAAAUUGAUAGAAAAGCAGAAUGAGAUUGAGUCAUUUGUUAAAUCUGUAUCCAAAGGUGAACUGGAGUCAUCAUUAAUACUUCCACAUGUAAAUAUAAAUGAUAAAAUCUUAUUGGAUCUGAAGGCCCAAUUGCAUGAAGAGCAAACAAAUUAUCUCAAUCAUUUGGUAGAGAGUUCAAAUCUGUUGGAAAGCAUUGUCAAACUCAGGAUUGAGAAGUUACCCCAAAUAUGUGAUGCUAAAACUCAGGAAACAUACUUUAACACUAAAAUUAAUGAAAUUAAAAUGAAGAUUAUCAAUGAGAAAGUGCGAGUGUCCAUGUAUACAGAGGCCACUGUGACUUUUGAUGCAUACCAGGAAUUUGUGAGGGAUUGCCAUGUCCAGCAGGAGGAAUGCAAAAAGGAAAUUGACAAUUUGAAAUUGAUGAAGGAAAAGUAUAAGAUAGUCUCAUGCAAAGAGUAUGAUGAGAUCUUGAAGAGCUACCUGCAAUAUAAAACAGCCAUAGACAAAAUGAGUGAACUCUAUAAGAAACUGAAUAUUAAAUGUUAAGUGAUGUUUAUACAGACAAUAUAUAUAUAUGUACACAAAUUUACAAGUAU